AAGUCCCGCUCUUUCGGAGAUCUAUGGUUUUCCUACGGUCUUCAGAGGGCCGAUGGGCGGUCGGCGCACGCAUUCCACUCCAUUACCUCACCCUGCGCGAAGGGGCCGCUGGGAUCGUGGAGGACCCGGGCUCUUCUGCCUUGCUUCAGCUCUCUCUUCAGCCGGCGGCGAGCCUGGGAUUCCUCGUCCGGUGUCAGUGUGUAGUUUCCCUCCACAGCUUGCCUCACCUCGCCCCGCCCCGCCCUGCUGGGUCCACUUCUUCGGUGCUCCCCCGCCCCGGCCCAUGGCUCCAUGAAGCGCGGGGCGGCAGAGGUGGCGGCGGCGGCGGCGGCGGGGAGGCAAGAGCAGGAGCGGCGGCGGCGGCGCUGGUGGCGGCGGCGGUGGUUGGGCUGAAAGAGUGAUUGGGGCAGGAAGCCGUCUCCGAGGCCAGGAAAGAGAAGGUUUGGGGAACAGGAAUGGGCCGAGAGAAAAGAAAAUUCAUUCCAGAUAUAAAAUAGUUACCCCUUCCACCUGCCUACUACCCCCUUGGCAAUAACAAGGUGUCUGCUUUCAGGUUCUACAGUACUCCAGACAGCAAGUGCUUGAAUCAGGAUGGGAAAAAGACGCUGUGUUCCUCCACUUGAGCCCAAGUUGGCAGCAGGUUGUUGUGGGGUAAAGAAACCCAAAUUGUCUGGAAGUGGAACACACAGCCACGGGAAUCAAGCCACAACUGUGCCAGUCUCUAGUUCAGGUCCUCUUCAGAACCACCAGCAUGCAGAUGGGGGCAAUGGAAGGGAAAACGUGUCAGAUUUGACUUUGUGCCCUGGAAACUCUCCAAUUACUCGAAUGAAUCCCACUUCAGGAGCUUUGAGCCCACUCGCCCGGCCUAAUGGAACUGCCAACAGCACCAAGAACCUAGUGGUGACAGCGGAGAUGUGCUGCUACUGCUUUGAUGUACUCUACUGUCAUCUUUAUGGUUUCCCUCAGCCACGACUUCCUCGGUUUACCAAUGACCCCUAUCCGCUCUUUGUGACAUGGAAGACAGGGCGAGACAAGCGACUUCGGGGCUGCAUUGGAACUUUCUCUGCCAUGAAUCUUCACUCAGGACUCAGGGAAUACACAUUAACCAGUGCACUUAAGGACAGCAGAUUUCCACCCCUGACCCGUGAGGAGCUGCCUAAACUUUUCUGCUCGGUCUCCCUCCUUACUAAUUUUGAGGAUGCUACUGACUACUUGGACUGGGAGGUGGGAAUCCAUGGAAUCAGGAUUGAGUUCAUCAAUGAGAAAGGUGUCAAACGCACAGCCACAUACUUACCUGAGGUUGCUAAGGAACAAGAUUGGGAUCAGAUUCAAACAAUAGACUCCUUACUCAGGAAAGGUGGUUUCAAGGCUCCAAUUACCAAUGACUUUAGGAAAACUAUUAAGCUCACCAGGUAUCGCAGUGAGAAGGUGACAAUCAGUUAUGCAGAAUACAUGGCUUCUCGUCAGCAUUGUUUCCAGAAUGGCACUCUUCAUGCCCCGCCCCUCUACAAUCAUUACUCCUGACACAAGGCUGCAUGACCAGUCCCGCCCCCCAGCUGCCACUAACAGCUAUGACAUCAUUGGGGCAGAUGCCUCCUCUUCCUGGUCCAGUUACUUCUAUUACUGCACCAUUUUAUGAUGCUAGCUUCCGUUGCCAAGUCUGCCUUCCAGCUGACUGAGGGGUGGGGGAUACCAGUGAGUGCAACUGAACUUCAGGGGGGCCUAAGCCUUACCUCUUCCUUGCUUCAGAAUGAAAGUUCAGUUGAGUUGAAGCUCCAAGACUAGCAGUUGCAGUUAGGUAGAAAGAACCUUUGGAGAAUGGCAGUACCUCUUCAGAUUGCUCUCUGUGUUAAACUGCACUGUGUUUAUUUGAUUGUAAAUUAUGAAAACCCCCUUGGAUCAAGCAGAAGAGUUCUCCUGGCAGUCUGGGCAACGGAGUCAAACAAAAGAUUUUUAGGUUAUUUUAAAUUUUUUUUAACCUCUGAUAUUUACCUACCAUAAGCUGAUUAGCCCUAACACAUCCCAGGUGAGCAGAUGACAUGAUGUGUUACAAGGAGGGUAUGUCUGCAGGGAUUCCUCCUCCUCCUCCUUGCAGAAGAUGGCAAUCACUUGACAGUUUGAAGGGGAAAAAUAAAAUUUACUGCUGAUAAAAAUAAUUGCUUAUACAUAUUCAAAAGAUUUCAGUUCAUGCAUCCAGCUACUUUUUGCUUUUGACACAGAAAGUAGCUCCUUAUAUAGGGACUCACCAUACGUGCAUGAAGGUGUACUGGUUAUUUGUGGGAGUGGCAUAGGUUUCCUUUUCCCUCUAGAGUAUGAUCUCAUUUUCCUUUGGGGCUGCUCUGGGUAUCAGAUAGCAGUGGGUGCUGCAGUUAGAUUGGGGCAGGUCUGUUCCUUACAAAGCCAUUAUUACAGACCUGGGGGGAAAUACGAGAAAGUUGUUUAAAAGAAGUAUUGAACAGGGACUGUAUUUAACAGGCAGCUGAUUCUGAUAUCCAGAUAAUGAAAUAUGGUAAAUAUUAGCCUUUAAGAGGCUAUCUAAUACAGACAUAUUGAUGCUUCAGUCCUAAAUCUAUGUACUUUGAAAUAAGUAAAAUUGGUUUAAAUUGAACUUGCUUCUCAGUAAAUGUUCUUAGAUUUGAGGAAUAUUUGACCGACAAAAAAAAACUUAGAUUCACUGUAGAUUUGUUUCCUUUCUCAUUAUUGCUGAAAAUACCCAGAACACCAAGUAAUAAAUGAAUUCCACCCUUUUCUGUUCACCAUCUCAGGUCUCUUGUGUGAGCUGCUGAAUGAUGUCACGAAUGCAGCUGGCAUUAUGACUCCUGUUUAAAUGAAUCCACAGGAACUAUGGAAUGGUGGUGCAGGACUUAAUGAAUGUCUUGAUGAUCAUCAUUGAUAGGCAAAGAAAACCCUGGAAAACAGCAUAAUAUAAUGAAUUCUAUACCAUGUAUGUAGCAAAAAUGGCUUUUAUAGAUGGCUGAUUAGAAGGCAUGUAUUCUUGAGAAUUCUCUUGGGUUGGGAUGUAGGUCUUCAAAUCUUUAGACUCAAUGAACAUUGCUCUAGAAAGGGCCUUCUGUCCUUAAGCAAAGUAUCAAGAGCUACCUGAACAGAUGUUGAAUCAUUGAAGUAUAAAUACACAUGAGUAGCUCAUAGUAGUAAACAGUAUUGGUUGAUAUCUGGCUUGGUUGCACCAAGAAAAAAAGAAGAAAACACUUUGAUAUCAUCUUUGCAACAGGACAGUUUACAGUCUAGGAAGUCUCCCACUGUGCCAGCCUAAGCAGAGCUAUAUCCUUCUAAGCCUGUGAAUGUUGGUGGACUAGAAGGAUGUACUGCUUAGGAUGGCACAAAAAGUCAUACCUUCUAGCACAACUGUCCCUUACUUUGCCCUUGAAGAACACAACCUUGAAACUAAUGAAAACUAACCUAGUUGUGAAACACGAAAAGGCACUCAUCCCAGAUGUCUACAGUACCAACAGCUUUAGAUUUGUGCUUUUUGUGGAUUGCCACUUUCCCCUUCUGAUGAUGUUGAAAUGUGUUUGGAUAUGAAGGGACCGUUUCAUGAUUUCCUGCUUCUGAGAAUAAAUCAGCCUUGUUACAAAUUAGAGUGAUUUUUGUAGUUACUGUCCCAGUUGCCCUGGACUGAUAGGAAACUAGAGGGGAGAGGAGGGUUCAGCUCUAGUUAAUACCAUCCAUCUCUGCUCUCAGACAGUACUGAAACAUAGGGCUACACUAAUUACUAUUCAAGUGUUCUAUGUUAGAAUUUAAAUUGUAAAGAUUUUUUUAAAAGCAAAAAGGAAAAAAAUGGUGCUAAACUUUCACCCCUGAGCACAUUCGGUGAGACUGGUCAUGCAGGCAUAUAGUGCCAGGCUAUUCAAUCCUGCUUUCUUUUUCCUUUUCAAAUGUUUGCCCUGUUAUGUGUCUUCAGCAGUGUAAUAGUGUUAAUCAAUUUCAUUUUAAUGGGGGGAGGGAGUUUAGAAGCCGGGAGGGGGGCUUUGCUGCCAUUCUCAAGAACAGACUUUUAGGAGUGACCUGACCUAUUUGGUUUAAUUUUACCAUUAUACUGAAGCAAGUUAAAUUGGUUUAGGAGUGAGAGGUGUUCUCAUUCCUUGCCCCUGUUUCUGUCCCAACCACUACUCUAAUAUAAAUGGAAAUGCCUCUGUUAAAGUUGGAUUGUAAUUUUUUUUGUAGUAAGCAGAACAGCAAGCAGGCCAUAAAGCACUACUCAGUCCUCUGAGGAAAAGGGCACAUUCAACAUUGGUCUCUCACAGAGUCCAGUUACAGUGCAGUUGAAGAAGCACGUGUUCCUGCAAAAUGUAUAGGAGGGAUAGGCUUGGCAGUCCUCAGAGAGAGCCCUCCUUUCGUAUGAUAUAUAGCUGAGGUGCAUGGAGUUGGGCUCAAACUGAAAUAUACUGCAUUUCAGUUGCUUGACAGGCAUUUUUUUAAAAAGAUGUGGGAACCAACAAAGUAGCCAGCAGAAACCCACCUUUUCUAGAGUCCUUAACAGUUGUAUUCCUCAGCUAAAUAGUGAGUAAUCUGAUCAUGUCAAGACCAUAGCAAUAGCCUUCUGGACUGGGAACUGGCUCAUCCUUAGCUACAAGUAAGUGCCUUUUGGUCUAGAUGGGUUUAUUUCUGGAUAACUGUGGUUGGGAAUCUCCCUUGCUGCAGCCAUGUAUGUUAUUUUAGGGGGAGGGAUUUCCCAGUUACAACAGUGAAUGUCUUUGAUCACUGUAGUCUUACCAUUAUUUGAAUGUUUCCCUUAACGGUAUUCCCUUUUCAUAAUGGUAAACAGCCAAUCUCAAUAGAGGCAUUUCAGUCUGCAAGGUUUUAAGGUCAAACUGUCAUACCAGCAGAUACCAGAUUGGAUCAUGAAGAUCUAUUCUGCUAAUCAUAGUACCUUCCUUUGCUGAAAGAUGCCUUCCCCUUAUGCAAGAGCCUCUUUCAGUAGCCACUUUUGUCAAAGGGCUUUAUGCCAGAGGAAGGCACUGCCAUUAGCUGGACAGAGCUUCAGGAUCCAACCCAUCACGUCUGCUGAUAAGGGCAAAGUACUUUGUAAAGUUUAAUAUUCAGGAUUUAUUAAAUUUCAUGUUUGUUUUCCCUAAUUCAUCUUAACAUCACAGUCUUCAUUGACUGCUGUUUUCUGUUUUUUUUUCUUUCCCCAAAGCCAAAAUGGUUAAUGUUUUGGUUAAUCUGAGUUUAUUUCCUUUUAAAGCAAGGAACCUCCUUUGACCUUCAGUGCAGAGAUGUCAGACCAAUUCUUUGUUAUUACACUUGGUUGCCUCCUAGCUAUAUAACUUCUGAGUGUAAAUCAUUGAACUUUACCCUCUAAUGAAGUAUUGUAGAAAAUAAAUUGUAAUGAAUACA